AGUCAUCCCACAUGCGGUUGUCACCGGCAUUUAGCUUUAUAUCAUCGAUUGCAGCAAGCUUACCAUGGCACGAGACCAGUAAUUCCGAGUCGGUACCGCAGCCUGGUGGCCGACCAUCAUUGCGAUUUGGGCUGCGACAUGAACAUGCGGUAUCUCCCUCAGGACACGUCUCAUUCUCCGACAUAUCCCGCAGCCCAGACCUCUACGCGCUGCGUGCGCACAGUGUCAAGCGCCAACGACUCCACUACUUCAAUGCGGAGCAAUACUUAUUGGCGAGGAGAAGUCGACUGCAUGUUACCAGCAAAGAUAACCCUUGGGAGGAGGACGAGAUCAUAGGGCCGGACGUGGAGAGCCGGGAGACCCUUCUCUUGUUAGCGAAGAUGACGAAUAACGCAUACCUCAAUCCUGGGGAGACCGGCUGGUAUGACCUGGGAGAGGGCUGGAGUGCUGAUUAUCCCAUAGGAUGGGAGCCUGACGACGAUGGCUUUAGGGGUCAUGUCUUCGCAACUCCGGAUAACUCGACUAUCGUGGUUUCCAUUAAGGGGACAUCGGCCGGCUGGUUAGGUGGUGGUGGUUCGACGACGAAGAAAGACAAACUGAACGACAACCUCCUGUUCUCCUGCUGCUGCGCAUACAUCGACUUCACCUGGACGCCCGUCUGUGAUUGUUACAGAGGAGGAUGGAAAUGCGACCAGAACUGCCUGGAGAAGGCGUUGAUAGACGACAGCCUAUUUUAUCCCAUCGGAACUAAUCUCUAUAAUAACAUAACAUAUCUCUAUCCGGACUCCAACAUUUGGUUAACAGGGCACUCUCUCGGUGGUGCCCUUGCAUCUCUCCUUGGCGCCACCUUCGGCAUGCCUGUAGUGACGUUCGAAGCCCCAGGCGAGAAACGAGCCGCAAGGCGCUUACAUCUACCUAUCGCUCCAUCGAUGCAUCACAUCACCCACGUCUACCACACCGCAGACCCGAUCGCGAUGGGCACCUGCAACGGCAUUGUUUCCUCCUGCGCGAUUGCAGGGUACGCGAUGGAGUCCCGCUGCCACCUCGGCAAGACAAUCGUGUACGACACUGUUAGCAAUCUCUCCUGGUCGGCGAACAUUCGCACGCACGGUAUCGUGCGCGUUAUCGAGGACGUGCUUGGUAAGCCAUGGAAGGACGCAGAGGAGCGCGGGCGGGAGGUACCCGAGCCCAAAGAGGAUGCGGAGGACUGCGAGGAGACCGAGUGCUACAGCUGGGAUUUCGGCGAUUAUCCACCCAAGAAGAAGUCGGAGGAAGAGCCGGAACUGGGCCGAGGGAGAUGUGGGCCCUAGACUCGGUAUCGGUACCUCGUAUUCGUACGGUAAGGGCGGUGCUUCAUACACGGCUAGGUGACAUGUAGGGAUAGAAUUUCUAGGAUGGGCGUAGGAAUGGGCAUGAUUACGAGGAAGACAGAAUAUAUCUGGUGAACACCUGAAAAAACCAAUCCGU